AUGGCGAGCAGAUUGCCAGAUGAAUUAUGGGAGAGCAUCGGAAAGCGCCUCAACACAAAGACCGACGUUUCUCGAUUUCGUGCUGUGUGUAAGUCAUGGCGAUCCUCUCUUCCUCUUUUUGCAAAACCGUUACCUUUGCAAUUCCCCAUCCAAGUCUUCACUACUAAUGGGUACUCCCUUGACUGCACCUUCACAGAGAGCGUAGUAUAUCAUCUUGCACCUCCCGCCGCUGGUAAUCCGCGAAGGGGUUGGUUGAAUUGUGUCAAAGAAGGAGAAUCGGGAGAAACUCAUCAGAUGUUGUAUACACUCUCCCAGUCUACCGUUUCGCAGUUUCCCUUCUCAUAUCCAAAGUUACUCAACUUAUUGGAAUAUCGGGUAUUUGAGGUGGCCAAACUAUAUGGCCUGCGUUUAAGUGGCCAAAGAAUAUCGGGUAAGGCGGCCCUGUCCUUAAAUCUCGAAUUCCCUGUGGUCAUGAUGGUGAUGCGCAUGGAGGGAACAUUAUUCUAUGGAAAAUUAGGCGUUGACAGUAAAAAGUGCAUCCAAGCCUUUCCGUUGCCUCGUCAACACCCGAAUAUUUAUCAAGAUCCCAACACGAAUUUUUUUUAUCAAGAUGUUAUCUUUUAUCAAGGAAAGUUCUGUGCUGUCUGCCGGAAUGGAACAGCCGUAGAGGUUGAUUCUUCUCUUAACGUGACAGUGAUCGCGUCUCCAAUAAAAAAUGACCUCAACUUCAAACAUUUGGUGGAGUCAUCCGGCGAGUUGCUGUUGGUUCAUGAAGAUACAAAGCCAUUUAUUUUUUAUCGUGCUAGUUUUUCUGAUGAAGAUUCUUCUAACAAAGCGCUGCCGCAAGCACCGGCUGAAGUUGUCCACCCCGCUCAUGACGAAGAUUCUUAUUCUUCUUAUGGUUUUUCUGAUGAAGAGUCUGAUUCUUUUUACCAGGAGCUCCUGCUGGCGCCAGCACUUGCUGAGGUUGCCCAUGAAGGUGGUUUUUCGAGUGGAGCUAACUAUCAAGACUCACGCAUACUUGGUGAAUUGGUUCUUGCACUGCCGCAAGUGCCAGCACCGGCUGAACUUGCCAAGCCGGCUCAUGAUGAAGAUUCUUCUUACGAGGCGCUGCCGCAUUCGCCGACACCAGCUGAAAUUGUCGACCCAGCUCAUGACGAAGAUUCUUAUUCUUCUUCUUCUAGUUCUUCUGUAGGUGAUACAUACGAGCUAGUCACGAGUCGUAAGUUCAAGGUUUAUAAGUUGAAUGCAGCUGAGAAACAAUGGGUUGAGGUUGAGGCAGAAGCGUUGCGUGAUCGAAUAUUGGUGCUGGGGGAGGAGGGCAGCUACUCCGUUUCUACUGGCGAUUUCCCAGGGUGCGGCAGGGGGGGUAGCAUUUAUUUCUAUGAUCAGGAUAGAAGGCGGUAG